UUCAUCAUCAUCCUUCCUCCUCCAACAACCCCAUCCAUUUCACCCCAUCUCUCCUUGCUGCCACCCUCUGCUCUUAGACUUUGGCAAAACUCUACCCCCCUCUUGACUCCGAUUUAUUAUACCCUCGAUUUCUUUCCUAAUUCACCCCCGCCUUCUCAGCCAAGAUGUCGCUCGAAGCUACCAUGAUCGUUGUCGACAACAGCGAAAGCAGCAGGAACGGAGAUUAUACCUCGACACGAUGGCAAGCUCAGAUCGAUGCCGUCAGCGUCAUCCACACCACCAAAAUGCGCGUACACCCCCAGUCCGCCGUCGGUCUCAUGAGCAUGGGCGGUAAGGGUCCUGAAGUUCUCUCAACAUUCACCACCGACUUUGGUGGCAUCCUGGCCGGUCUGCAUCGCACGAAGAUCCAUGGCACUGCUCACCUUAGCUCCAGCAUACAAGUGGCCGGUCUUGCCCUCAAACACCGCUCCGAGAAGUCCCAGAAACAGCGCAUCAUCGUGUUUUCCUGCUCCCCCAUCGAAGAAGACGAGAAGUCGUUAGUGAAGCUGGCCAAGAAGAUGAAGAAGAACAAUGUGUCCAUCGACGUGAUCGCUUUCGGGGACCUUGAAUCCGACCAGACCAAGAAGCUGGAGGCUUUCGUCGAGAACGUCAAGGGUGGCGAGGGCUCCAACCUCGCCAUCAUUCCGCCCGGUCCCAACUUGCUUAGUGAGGAGCUUCAGCUUACUCCUAUCCUGGGCGGAGAUGGCGCUGAUGCAGAGGGAGCCGGUCCCGAAGGCGGUGAUGGUUCCUUUGGAUUCGAGGAUGCGGCCGAGAACGACCCCGAAUUGGCUUUCGCCCUCCGUCUAUCCCUGGAAGAGGAGAAGAACCGGCAAGAAAAGGAAAAGAGGGACCGGGAGGAACAAGAGCGCAAAGCGAACCUGGAGAACAUCCCCGAGGAGGGCUCCAGCGGGAGCAAAGACAAGAAAGAGGACGGUGACAAGAUGGACACCGCUUAGUGUGGAGACCAGAACAACCUCCUGGAUGAUUUGAUGCAUACCCGGCGUUUUAAUGUACUUUGGUUUUAUAUUGUAAUUGUAGAAAGCGGUUCCCGACGACACGCUUUUGAACGGAUGCGGUAUUAUAUGCAGUCUAUCGCCAUCGUAACAAUUUUCCCCGAUACAAACUAUGACGCCCUGAUAUGUCAUUCCAGCCGCGAAAAUAAAGACAAAAAUUCUGCCC